AUGAAGAACCAAAUGCAAAAUCAGUCCGUCCGCGCCGUCGACCGCCGCUUCAGUACCACCGCAUUCAAAUUCCCUGGCUUGACUGUCCGCACACCUAACGUCGGAAAGGCUGUCUUUGGUGCCUUUGCCUCCUUGGGAGGGGGAGAGAGCUCGGUCUACAUUGAGACGGCCGAAAAGGCUCGCGAGACCGCCUUUAUCCGCAUGCUCGAGCACGCCGCCGACGUCGGAGGAAAUGCUGUCAUUGGUGUUCAAUUCACUGGUCAAGAGAUUGGAGAGGAAAUGACUGAGGUGAUGUGCUACGGUACUGCGGUCACCCUCGUCCCCACCCAGGCCCCCCAGAAGUACUAA